AUGCGUUAGGUAAACACGCUACUUGACAAGGGAGGCAAUAAAAUGCACAAAGUAGAGAGACUUUACUAUAGAAUCGUCAAAUGCUAUGUGCUAGAUAAAUGCAAUCGAAGACUAGAAGCUCUUUCAGAUGUAGAUGAGAUAGUCAAAGAGAUUCUUGAUAGCAAGGUCAAUGAUAUUCCUCUACUUGAAUAAGCAGAUACGAUUAUGCAAGAGAUUGGAUGCUAUGAAAAGUUACUGGUACUAAGGGAGAAAUUGCAAUAAAUGAACCCUAAUGAUAAGCAAACUGCCAUCAAGCUAUUCACACAAUACACAUUCAUGAAUGAGUAUUAGAAAAUGAGUGGUAUGGCUAACAAGAUAGCGAUGUCUUUCUAAGAAAAAGAAUUCGGACUCUACUCUGUUUAGGCACUCUACAUGCUUUCAUAAACUAAGAAUUCGUUGCCUAUGAAUAUAGAUUUAGCUUUGGCAUUUAUUGAGAAGCAAAGACAAACUAAUUAUAAAGAUGAGAACAAGCCACUUCCUCAAUACUUUGUAACACUCUAUAGCAAGAUAUUAGUGGCAAAGGGUAAAUAUGAACAGGCUUUAGAAUAUCUUAAGGAAAACGAGCAAUCAUUUGGCAUGAUUCUUGACUAGAAAAGAUUGAUAUAUUCACUUAAGUACAAAUAAGGUGAUAUUGAGGGAGUUAUUCAGGAGUUGACAUAAAUUAUCAAGAGCAACUACAACAAUGUGAAUGAGUUUUAAAGCAUUUAUGAUCAUCAUGAAUUCCUUAUCAGUUUAAUAGUCAACUAACUGAAGAAAUAAAGUUCUACUAUCAUAGAUUAAGCCUUCGUUGAAUCUCUAGAUUAAUAAAACAUACCAGAGGAUGGCUAAUAAUUCCAGCCUUUCGAUUUUAAUAAUGCUCUUGACUCUUUGAGACAUUUAUAUGCUUCCUUUAAGAAAUACGAAUCACUCGAUUUAGAUAAUAAAACCACAAAUUAUCACAACUGCAGAAAGUCAAGCAUACUAUCUCAGCUUUUACUAAAGAACAAACUCAUAUUAAGUUUAUUUAGUGAUUAAAAUGAGAUCAAUCAAUUCAUUGAAGAGGGUAUUCAAUCUUAUAGAACUUUGAUAAUUCAGUAUGCAUUAAGAUAUCUUGAGUUGAACUCCAUGGCAUUUGAUCUAUACCCAUUCAUUCCCAUUCUGAAUGAAUAAAUAAGACGUGAUAUCUUAGAUGUGCUAAGAAAUCAUUUGGAAUCAGUUGAAAAUCCUUAGAAAAAUGCUAGAUGCACAAUCAAUCUUCACAAAGUUAAGAAGGUAUUUGGCUUGUUUGGGGAAGAUUAAGAAAGCUUAAUGUGGCUGGCAACUUAAAUGCAGACUGAGUACUUCAAAUUUAUCUAGCAAGAUGGAGCACCAGAGAAAGGUGAAAGGAAGCUAGCAGAUGACUAAGUCAUAAUAAUGAAUGAAGUACUUGGAGUUGCUUAGUCAAAAGAUAGUAUCGAUGCACUGGUACUUUACAGAAUAGCUAUACUAGAGUAUGCUUUAGAAAUAAGUCCCUACAACUUUGAUAUCUCGCUGGCUUUGCUUAAGAUUUACGAUACUUACGGACUCUCAACGUCCUUUAACUAGAUCUUUCAAAGUUUGGGAGUAAAAGGAGUGUAGUUAGAAUCUCUAGGAUUCCUAGCAUUAAGGCACUCAAUAGACUGGCAGGAACAGAACAUAUUCAAGUCCUUUUUGCUUAAAUACAACAAGUAUUCUAAGAUGAACUCUCUUAAUUUGAAGCAGAGCAAGAUGAAGGCUCUGACUGACUUGAAUUUCGAUCAAAUAGAGAAUUUCGUGGAGUAUGAAGACUACUUGAACAACUCGUACUUCAGUCAGAUGGUGAGGAGUUUCAACAACAUCAAUGAAUUCAGUGAAAACAUCAAGACCCAGCAAGAAUUUGCCAAAGGGUUCUUUGAAAAUAUCAGUGAGCAACUGGCUAAUGAGAAUAAACAAGUGGCUGAGUUUGAAAACCAAAAUUUGAACAGAAAGAGAAGAACUCAAGAUCUCAAGAUAGUCAUGCAUCAAUAUGAUAAAGUUCAGUAAUUCAAGCAUUUCAGAAAUUCAGAACAGUAAUGGCAGUCUGAAUUUCAAAAAGACAUGAUUCUAAGAGAAAUAACUUAGAAUGACAAGUUGUAUUCUUUCUACAAAUAUGAUAGAAAAUCAAACUACAAGUAAAACCUACACAAUUCUUUAGGUUUCCUGGAACUUCCCGAGACCUUUGCUAUCUUGCAUUCACUUAUGACUCUCCUAAGUUAAAUUUAAAUUACAAAAGCUGGAGCCGAAGUGGUAGGCUUAAUUAACAAAUUUUAAAUGCAAUUUGAAGUAUAUCAAAAGCAAAUGAUUGAGCUUGAUAUCGAGACUAGAGAAGAUAUCACUCCAAGAUACUCAGAGAUGCUGAAGGAAUUCAACACUGUAAUAGGUGGAGUAGUAGUUAACACACUUGAAGUAGUUAAGAGAUUUAGUCAGAUUGAGAAGAGAGAAGGAUAGUCUGGGGAAGAAACAGCUUAGAAGAUCUUGACUGUCAAAGAGUAAUGUUAGAAUUUAGCGUCUCAAUUGACUCUCAAGACUAGCUAAGAUCAAAGAUCUUUGUUCUUACAAGUAAUGCUAGGAUCUACUUUCAUUCCUCUCACAUUAGACCUAUUAUCAGAAACCUUAAAAUCACUGCUACCAUCAUCUAAGAAAAAGAAGAAGUCAGAGGGUCCUACUUCCCUUGAUGAAGUUCAAACUCACAUAUUAAAUCCCUUAAAGCAAGCUAUCAAAGACCUUAGUGCUUACUUCCAGAGCCCAGCAUUCAUUAAUAUCGAAUCAGACUACAUUGCUAAGCGAGAGGCACACCUGCACUCACUUAUCUCUGAACAGAGUAAUCAUUAUAUCAAAGAGCUAUUAACUCAAGAGAGUCUAGCCACAAUUAUUAAGAGAAAGAUAUUAGAGAUUGCAAAAGAAGAGAAACUGCAAAAAGAGAGACGUAGAGACUAGUCAUUGCUGGUUAGCAAGAGAUUGAAGGAUAUUACUUCCACUGGUGUCUUUUAAUGA